AAACCUGAGGAACCGGUUUGGGAGGCAACUGAGCCUUUGCCACGUCCACAUAUAGUCUGAGAAGCCAAACAGGUUAGUGUUUGUGCUGAACAUGGCUUCUGGACUCCAGUCUGAGUGCUGGACCGAGGAGCUAAUCUGUGCCAUUUGUUUGGAUUUCUUCACUGAUCCUGUUAGUCUGGGCUGUGGCCACAACUUCUGUCGUUCCUGCAUCACCCGGAGCUGGGAAAAGCAGGAGAACAGAUCAUGUCCGGAAUGUCGCCAAGUUACUGCUGAGAGGAAACUCCAGGUUAAUCGGGCUCUGGCCAAAAUGGUGGAGAAAGCUCGUGAAUUCAGUCUGGACCCGACACAGACGGCAGUUAACCGUCAGUGUGAGAAACACCGGGAGGACCUGAAGCUGUUCUGUGAAACUGACAAGAAAUUGAUCUGUUCCAUUUGCAGAGAUGCGAAAGAACACAGAGGCCACAGCUUUCUGCCCAUUGACGAAGCUGCUGAAUUCUGCAUGGAUCAAGCGAAAUCCUCAUUAAAUUCUCUCACACAGAGGAAGGAAACUGCUCUACAAGCUGAAGCCCAACAGAGAGAAAAGAUUUCACAAGUUAAGGAACAGGUUCAGAGUCUGCAGACCCACGUCAUGGCUGAGUUUGCAAAAAUGCACCAGAGUCUGACUGACAGAGAGCAGCGAGUGAUGUGCGAUCUCAAACAGCGAGAGGAGGAGGUUUUGCUGCGAAUGGAGACAAAUCUGCGAGAGAUUCAGUGCAAAUUAGAUUCUGUUGAACAAGAACUCUCCGAGUUACAGACACAGAUGGGAAAAGACGCUCUCACAUUCCUGCAGGUAAAGAGAUGACAAUAUAAUAUCGUUCAGUAACAGUUACACAAAAUUCUGGAGCAA